CAUCAUGGCGUUGCUGGCCUCCAACAUCAUCCUGACCAUCAUGAACUUCCCGCUGGACAUCAUCGGCAGCGUGUACAGCAGCUGGUGGCUGAGCAGCGCCGCCUGCAAUCUGUACUUAUACGGCAACUGGGUCCUGGAAGGCGGGAUGAUGCACAUGCACGUGUUAAUCACGGCCAACCGCAUCUGGGCCAUGCAGUUCCCGGUGUCGUAUAAAACGCACCACGGGAGCAGCAAGCGUACCGGAUUAUUCCUGAUUUUGCUCGCCUGGAUUUACGUUCACGUGGUUUGUUUGCCGGGUGUCGUGUUAGACGCGCUGUACUACCGGCAGCCCCCCGCGGACGGCUGCAGCAUGAACGACGUCCAGGUGGAGUGGAUCAACACGGCGCAGUUCCUCGUCUACGACAUGCCGGUGCUCUUCAUCGUCUUCGCCUAUCCCUUCCUCCUCCUGAAGCAGCUGCAGCGCAACCGGAAGUCCCUGGAGCGCCGCGGGACGCUGAUGGUCAGCCACGCCCCCUCGCGCAUGUCCCCCUCCAACGGCCAGGACGGCCACCACGCCCCGCUGCAGCGCCGCAAGUCGGUCUUCUCCAAGGAGACCACCCGCGCCUUCCUGGUUUUAACGGUCGUCACAGCGAGUGUGUUCAUCUGCUGGACACCCUCGCAGAUCUGGUGGACGAUCAAACUGGCCAACUCCCGGAUCCAGCUGCCGGACAUCUUCUACAAGGUCACCUCGGCGCUGUACGGCCUGCAGGCCGUCAUCGAUCCGCUGCUCUUCGUGGUGACCUUUAAGGACCUCCGCGAUGUCGUCCUGGAUGGGGUCAAGGAGGGGUGGCGGUGCGGGCGGGAGCAGCGCCGGCGGACCUCCAUCUGGUCCAGCAACACCGCCCGCGGCCAGGUGCAUCCGGCUUAAUAAGGGAUUAACCAGCUUGGAGAUUAAGCGUUCAGAACGGUGCUUUUUGAUUGU